UUAACAAUGUUUUCUCAUGAAUUGUUUCCGUUUCACGAUCACAUUUUGUGAAACAAUAUGCAUUUGAUGGUAUAGUUAACAAAAUGUAUAGUUUCGACUGAUGUUUGGAUUGGUUUCGAUCAGAAACAUUGUGCAAUUUUGGAUUCAUCGUUAGCGAGUCUUUGGAUUACAAAUAUUCCAGUUUUAUGCUCUUAGAAAGAUUUUGACCCGCCUCUUUUGCGUGCCCCUUUUUUGAAGAAGGAAUUUGCGAUCGAAAGGUCGCAUGCAUCAAUGGAGAUAUAUACUUUUAACAAGAGCCUUCAAGAGAGGUUGGUUGAAUUGACCGAGAUAUUAUCCAGCAGAGGUGAAAUCGUACCUGCUUCUCAAAUUAAGGCGGAAUGGUCGUAUCAUGUAGAGCUCGUAAUAGAACCCGUAGGUUGGCAGGCAUUAUGGAAAAUACCACGUUUAGUUUGCGAAGAUUUUCAAAUCCAUUAUCCCACCAUAGUGGUGGUAGAAGUCAAGCAAGUAGAUUUUACCGAUUUGUCCGCGUUGGUAAAAAUUGUUGCUGUUCAAGACGAAAUCCAUUUACCCGAAAAGUACGAUGUACAACUGGUAGAACUUUAUCCGACUCAUAAUCAAGAGAACAACGCCUUGGACGUGGUGGGCACUGCGAAUUGCAUCGACCAGUUGCGAUUCUUUUAUAGCUAUUUGUGGAUGCCGUGGGACAUAGACGACGACGAUAAUACAGAUUGGGUGUUUCUACAUUUAGAAACGAGAAUCAGAUUGUUCUUCGAUAUGAAGAGAAGCGUAGUAAGCAAAGAAACUAGUGACAUUAUUAGAAGUUUGGUAAGAGAAGGACGUGAGGUCCAAGAGAAGAUAUCAAAGUUGGAGGAUACUAUCUCCGAAGAAGGAGAAUCGAACGAAGUCGACGGGGGAACUGCGUGCCAGCUGAUGAAACUUCACUUUCGGCUGCAGCAGAUUAAGAGGGAGGUGGAAGUUCUUGAGAAUCCUGCUAUGAGAGAAAUACUCGUAAAAAAUCGAAACUCGUCCUUAAAUAAUGAUAAAAUAGAAAGACAGAAGAGCAAAGAUAAAUGUAUAGAAGGGCAUUUCGUUUGGCUCGGUGGUACUUUGGAAGAAAUGAAGGAAGUUAUAAGUAAAGUUCAAGCUUCUUUGCCCGCAGAGUUAUGCUUCAAGAUAUCUGGGUCGUUGCAAGACACUCUGCACGCCAGCGAUGCUGGAGACGUCAUUGUAGUUGGAGAGGGUGAUCAUCCAAUAAAAAGUGCUGGUAAUUUGGAAGAAGGUGGUACAAUUAUGGGAGUCCACAACGUUGAACGCACUAUUCUCUCUGUGAAAGAUACUGAAACGGCGCCAUCGUUGCUUGAUUUUUCCGGUAGCGAAGUUUUAUUAGAUAGCAUUACCGUGGAUAUGGGUGAUCUUAGAGCCGCUGUAAUUGUUAGGGCUGGGACUACAAAAAUAGUUAAUUGUAAAAUAUGUGCCACGAAUAAGAGCACAGUUAAAUUAGGAGUCGUUGUUUUACCUGACGCGAAACUAAUAAUAGAAAAUACGGUUUUCGACGGUCUUGGAACUGCCUUAGUUAUUUUUAACAAUGGAGAAAUUCUUACGAAUAACUGUAGUUUUAAGAAUUGUGCGGAAGGUAUACAGCUUCACGAUAACGCAAGAUUGACAGUGAGGAAUUGUUUCCUGGGACAUUUUAAGGAAUAUGCUAUACGAUUGGAAACAAAAAAAUAUUUACACGGCUCGGAGAGCAUAUGCGGCGGCCCAGAAUUAUUAGAAAAUAUAUCCGAAAUUUCGUUGAACGAUUGUAAAUUUGAGGCCAAUGGCAAAGGACAUGUUAUAUUAAAAGCUAGGACGCAGUUUGCUCUGAUGACGAAACAAGAUGGAACCACGAACAUGGAGCCUUGA